UGGGGGUGGGGGGGAGACGGGAGUGGCAGUCCCGGAGCGAUCGCUGAGGAUCCCCCCCCCCCCCCCCCCCCCCCGAAACAGCCCGGGACCGGAGCUUAAGCACAAGGGGUCAAGCGCGACGACGUGGAGAGCCUAAAAUUUCAUAAGGCAGACGGUUUACGCUUUGCGAGUUGUUUCUUGCACUUUUUCUGGCGCGCAGAAGGUGUUUUGGUUUGGGUUUUUUUUGUGAUGUGUCAGGUGUUUAGAACCAAAGUUAGCUCGGCACUUGGGGCGGGUGCUUUUGAGGUUUUGUGCUCUCUAGUGAGUAACAAAACUAGGCGAGUCGCUUACGGGCUCCAACCAUUUUGUAGCCUAAAUAAGGAACUGGCGAGCACUUCAACGCCGCCUUCAAACAGAAAAGCGCCUGGAGCUCUUCUUGCUGUUUUCACAUACAGAAAACGCUGCGCUCUGCAUCGCUUACUGGGCAUCGUCGCCUACCGUGGUUUUUAGAAGAGUAAAAACCUUCAGUAAGCGAGCUUAAGUAUUUACAUUUCUGGUUAGCCUUUCUAUUUCCAGUAACUCCUUCCCUGCUAUUCAAGAUAAGUCUGAUCUACAGACUGUGAAAAGGAUCUGGUAGUUCAGAGCCUAGGGGCAGCCAUUUGAUUUGUGUUGUGAGCGCAGAUCGUUGGACUAGCAUCCGUUCUUCAGGGCUGGUUAAUCUUCCGGCUUCUGAUUCCUUGCUCAGCAACAAAAUAAAUACAUGCAAAUACGUGGCGUGGGCGAGCACUGCCAUGCAGGAGGCGUGUGAGAUGCAACAGUAGGCACCUCUACCAAGUUGGUACAAAAAGUUUUAUUUCUGGAGAAUAAUGUAAAUAUAGUUAUUUAUAAGUGGUUUUACAGGUUUUGCAUCUGAACUGUAACCCUUCCUUUUUCCUUCCAUGUGGUGUUACCUUGUGUUUUAUGAUUUCUGCAUAUACGUACAAUCUGGUUAUGAACUGAGCAGAAACACAAAAGGAAAGGAAAGUGUUUUAGCUGCUGAACAGCUCUUCCCCUCCCCCCCAUGUAAUUUGUACUGCAAAAAUGUUGUUAUAUGGAAAAUGUUGUUGUAUGGAAUCUUGCCUUUUGCAGAUAAGCUUAAAAGACUUUCUUUUAGAUAUGGGGUUUUUUUUCCAGUAUAGGGUUGUAGUAGGAGAGAGGUGAGCUUACUUAUCUCUUAAUGGGCAAGAGGUUUUCUAUCCCUAGCUGUAAGCCUUCACUUCUCUGUCAGUGUUAUUAUGUUCUGUACUUAAAUGUUGGCAGCUAAUUUUAUUCUUUCAGAUUAAGCACUUUGUAAGUAGGCUCACUGCAAAUUAGAUGUCAGUUAAGGAGCUGUAAAAAUGAUGAACUUCUUAUUAUUAAGAUAAAAGAAGCGAGGUCUCGAAGUUUACGUAGUCAUUUAGCAAAUCAAAAUUAAAUCAGCUUUUCAGUUCAGAAAUUGGAUGGUUGCAGUGUUCUCUGUAGAACAAUAGUUAUAUUUCCUCGUGGUCCAGGAUCCUGACGCAUUCGUACCCUCCACCCUCUCAACGGUAUAAUAAUUCAGGCUGAAUAAAGAGCUGAAGAACUGCUUCUCCAACAGGUAGUGGUGGGCAGCACCAUUUGAAUUUUAAUGAUCCUGAAAUUAGAACAGGUAUCAUAGUGCCUUCGAGUGUCACGAUGCAAACUAAAACUUUUUGGAAGAAGCCUUCAGGGGUUUUGUGGAGAUGUAGGUAGGAACGAGGAUCCUUCUCCCUGCCCUUGCUAGUGAUGUUAGGGAGUGUGGGUAGCUGCCGGUGCCGUGAGGAUGUGGAAACGGUGAUAAGACGCCGGGAUGCUCAGCCUGUCCACCUGGGACCUGCUCCCUUGAUCACCCUGGGAAGCACCUCACCAGCUCCCACCCCUUGUCUCUUGAUGAUGGAGGCAGGCCCAGCUCCCAGCCUUCCCCGGCUCUGAUCUCUCCGGAGGCUGAGGGCAUGUCCACUGGGGAUUUUCUCUCGUGGCGGAAGCCACUCAGUGAGGUGAGGCAAGGAUCUCCCCCUUCUCCUGUGCUCCUCUGCCCAUUCAGAGUACAGAAACCUCUGCUCCAGCACCCCUCUUCUUGCAGCCCAGGGCCCCACUGGCUCUGUGGGUCUUUUUUGCCCCUCUGUGCAGAGGGAGGGACUCUGCUGUUCCAGGUGAGGAAGGAGGAACGGAGAGCUGGUCCCUGCUGAAUGGUGGGGCCCUGCCCGCAGCACUGCUUGGAGGGGAAGUGCAGCAGGGCUUGGCUGCACCACAGUAGCACUAAGUAGACCGCAAGAUGGACCAGUCGUCUCCAACCUACAUGCUUGCCAACUUAACCCACUUGCAUUCUGAACAGCUUCUGCAAGGCUUGAACCUCCUUCGCCAACAUCACGAGCUCUGUGACAUUAUCCUGAGAGUUGGCGAUGUCAAGAUCCAUGCCCACAAAGUGGUGCUUGCCAGCAUCAGUCCAUACUUCAAAGCCAUGUUCACUGGGAACCUUUCUGAGAAGGAGAACUCGGAGGUGGAGUUCCAGUGCAUUGAUGAGGCAGCUCUGCAGGCCAUUGUGGAGUAUGCCUACACAGGAACUGUGUUUAUCUCGCAAGACACUGUAGAGUCGCUUCUUCCAGCUGCGAAUCUUCUCCAGAUCAAACUGGUAGUGAAGGAGUGUUGUGCGUUUCUUGAAAGCCAGCUUGAUCCUGGCAAUUGCAUCGGGAUUUCUCGUUUUGCAGAGACCUACGGCUGCCAUGACCUCUACUUGGCUGCUAACAAGUACAUUUGUCAAAACUUUGAAGAUGUUUGUCAGACGGAAGAAUUUUUUGAGCUUACGCAUUCUGAGUUGGAUGAAAUUGUUUCCAAUGACUGCUUGAAUGUUGUGACAGAAGAAACCGUUUUUUAUGCACUGGAGUCCUGGAUCAAAUAUGAUGUGCAGGAGCGACAGAAGUACUUAGCACAGCUGCUACAUUGCGUUCGGUUGCCACUGCUGAGUGUCAAGUUUCUCACAAGGUUAUACGAAGCGAACCAUCUCAUUCGUGAUGACCACACUUGUAAACAUCUGCUAAAUGAGGCCCUAAAAUACCACUUUAUGCCUGAACACAGACUUUCACACCAGACCAUGUUAAUGACACGACCUCGCUGUGCUCCUAAAGUUCUUUGUGCUGUAGGAGGAAAAGCUGGACUGUUUGCGUGUUUGGAAAGUGUUGAAAUGUAUUUUCCCCAGAAUGACUCCUGGAUAGGCCUGGCACCUCUUAGCAUUCCCCGCUAUGAAUUUGGAAUAUGUGUCCUAGACCAGAAAAUAUAUGUUGUAGGAGGGAUUGCAACCCACGUGUGUCAAGGCAUCAGUUACCGAAAGCAUGAGAAUUCAGUGGAGUGCUGGGACCCUGAUACGAACACUUGGACAUCUCUUGAAAGGAUGUUUGAGAGCCGGAGUACUCUGGGAGUGGUAGUUCUGGCAGGAGAACUCUACGCCUUAGGUGGCUAUGAUGGGCAGUCUUAUUUACGAACUGUAGAGAAAUACAUUCCUAAAGUGAAGGAGUGGCAGCUAGUGGCCCCAAUGAACAAAACAAGAAGUUGUUUUGCUGCGGCUGUCUUGGACGGAAUGAUAUAUGCCAUUGGUGGUUAUGGUCCUGCCCAUAUGAACAGCAUGGAGCGUUAUGAUCCAAGUAAAAACUCAUGGGAGACAGUAGCUUCAAUGGCUGAUAAACGAAUAAACUUCGGUGUUGGUGUCAUGCUGGGCUUCAUUUUUGUAGUCGGUGGACACAAUGGUGUGUCUCACCUAUCCAGCAUUGAGAGAUACGAUCCUCAUCAAAAUCAGUGGACUGUGUGUCGACCCAUGAAGGAACCCAGAACAGGAGUUGGUGCAGCUGUAAUUGAUAACUACCUUUAUGUGGUUGGAGGUCAUUCAGGGUCAUCCUAUCUGAACACUGUCCAGAAAUACGAUCCCAUCUCAGAUACCUGGCUGGACUCUGCUGGGAUGAUGUACUGUCGAUGCAAUUUUGGUUUGACUGCACUUUGAUGAAAAGCAGGACUCUGCGGACUUGAUGCAAAGAUGGAGCUUAAUCUGCUUGAAAGUAAACCCCGCUGGCAGAGACCAUAAGCUGCGUUUUCUGAAGUUGGAAAGCUGGAGGAACGUGAUGAAGCUGGGACUGAAAUGAGGAAGGAUUUGUUUUCUUCCGGUAAUUUGCCUUUAGUACUUUAGUGACACGGGCAGAAGGAACGGAAAGCUUAUUACCAGCUGGGUUUAGAUAGCAUCCUGUUAAUGGCAGUGAAUUUUAGAGAGUACUGUACAUGCCUGGCAUAUGGUUAGAAAACUUACUGUAUAUCUAACCCUUUCACUUUCUAGUGCUUUUCUCUCUUCCUCCUGCCUCUAUGAAACAUGAAGUUUACUGUGCUUGGGGUGAGAGAUGUGUGAAUGUGUUGGAUGACUGGACAGUUUGCUGAUAGUUGUCUGGUUGUGUCUUCAUACUAAGAAAACAUCAGUGCUUCAUAAUUUUUUUUAUGAACAGUAACUAAAGGGCUGCCUUGUUUCUGUAUCUCAAGGUUUGUAAAUAAUAAAUGCCAUAGUAUGUUGCCUGUACACUCUCCUUUGUUAUCCACUUACUGGUAGGAGGGCUGGGAUGGUAAUUAGUAACUAUUUAAAAGAAAUUUACAGGGCAAACUUAUUGCCUCUUAAUGAAGUUUUUGGAUGUGCUGAAGAGAAAUCACAUUUUUAACUUUCCUUUAUAUUUUUCUUUUUGUGGAUAAAUGAAUGCUAGAUUAAAUGACUUAAUCUUGCUAGUCUGCUGUGUGUUUUCAAUUGUAAUGCAAGGAAAAAUUACAAAAGUCAUGCAUCGGAAGAUGCCACAGCAGCAUUCAUAGCAUGAUAUAAAAUAAGUACUCAAAAAUGAAUCCAUCCCAUCCUUCUCCCAAGCGCACUUGUGUCCAUAUUCUGUAUAACUUCCUUUUUUAAAAGAAUGUAUGAUUGCUUUCUCAGAGUGUUCAGAUAAAAAAUGGUGCUAAAUGUAGGACUUAACGAUAAGGCUGUUACCAAUUUUAGUGCAGUAUGCAUAAAGCAUGAUCGUUUUGAUUGUUCUAGUGUUUUUGUUUCUUAUUUGCUUGAUACAUUUGUGCCUAUGAAAACUGUCAAGAAUAACACAAUAUACUGAAUGAGCGCUAAGUUUGUUACAUUAUUUUUUUUCCAGAAGAUCUACGUUUAUUGUUCCUAUUCUCACAAAUACAUAAAUAGGGAGAGAACAGUGAGAUCCCAUCUCAUGUUCUUCAGACAGUCUUGCCUUUAACACAAGUUGCAAUGAAUGAAAAGCACGGGGCAUAGUUGCUCAUCCCAAGUGUGUGUCCAGUGUAACAGAGUACUGAAGGUCAGUUCCUGUGACUAACCAGAAUCUCGAGAGAUAUAACUUUGUGAUAGCCCUAAACUUAGUGAAAAUUUGGGCAGGUAAAUAGAAAGCAAUGCUGUGGGCUAUAACCAUUAUUUAAAACAGAUGACUGAAUAAAUAUGAAUUUUAGCUAAUUUAGAAUGUUUUGGUUUGUCUUCUAAUUUUAACUAUGAAUCAUGGUUAUCUUCAAUUUCUGUUUUGAUGUCUGUGUGUGUAUUGCCAGGCCUGGUACUGAAGAGUUUUUCUGCAUCCAGAGUUAUUUUCCCCUUGUUUUAACAUGUUAAAUUAAUGUUUGUUUCCCCUUGUUUUUCAAGCCCAUAUAGUAUUAUUUUUGAAGGUGCAAUAAUAUUUGAAAUAGUUGCUUUAAAAGCCAUUUCUUUAUAAGUGUGCUAAGCGGAGAGUUUUGAGUGUGCUUGAUUUAUUCUAAGUUCCUGCAAAGCUAAUUGCAGCCAGGCAAACAGUGGUGUUCCUUGUUCUUCCAUACGCUAACAUUCAGAUUUUAAACAGUCAAGGAGCCGAGGGUGUUUUCACCAUAAAACAUUCACAGGUAACAGGUGUUUGCACAGAUAAUAAAAUCCUGCAUGUAUUCUUCAAAUUUGGUAGAAUUCAGCAGGACUUUAAAAGCAAAUAAAAUUAACAAUUUCAGUGUUUUCAGUGCAGUUUAUUUGACCCAGUAAGGAUUCUAGUUACAUAGCAAUAAUAGCAUGAUUUAAUUAUUCCAAUGAAUCUGUUGAUAGGACACAAGUAGCUACAUGGUUUUAAGUUGCAUGUUUGUGUGUGGGGAGAAGGAUGAAGGGGAGCAGGUUUGGGGUUGGGGAUUAAGGAAGAUGUUUCAGCCUGUUGCAUAGGUUGCCUUCUCGUUCUGUUCAGAUAAAUGCGCAAGCUGAAUGCUUACAUGUGCUGUUUUACUUUUCAGUCUGUUUCACAGAGAUGCCAUUGAUAAUUGUAUUUUCCAAUAUACACCAGAGAUAAAGACACUUAACAAACUAAUACUAAAAAAAGAAAAAUUCCUUAGCUAAAAGACAAGUUUAUGCCUUUUAUUGAUAGGAGGCUUUCCACGCAGUUCGGUAUAUACUGUACCUUUUAGAGUUUAACUACAAUAGGAUUCCAUGAAUGAAGAUGCUCACAUACAUGUUCUGAUUGGAAGUAUUAGUAAACACUGUUUUCAGUUAGCAGAGACUGGUGCAAGGUAUAGAAAUCAUUUUGACUUCAUCAGAACAAAAAAUCCAUAGGUCAGGGUGAUAUUGAUGGUUAUUCAAUGUUUAUACAAAUAUCUUUCAUUUAUGGAAGUCAAAGCACUGAAAAUUGUUAAAUGUUCCACUCUCUUCACCUAGGCAGUGGUAAUGUUAAAUGAGGUCAUAGAGAUUGACCCCGUAUUGUGUAAUGUGGUAUUCCUGAAUUUAAGAUAGCAGCAUAAACAAUUUUUUUAGUAUGCAGGCUUGGUAUGAAGAAUGGGAAAAAUGCCUAAUGAAAUAUACUGCUGUUAUUAGAUGAACUGUUUAGCUAGAAAUGGAUCAAACAGUGUAUCAACCUAGGGAUCGCGUCACUUAAAAUCAUGCUGUCUUCAUUUUCUGUUCUGGGUGCUUGUUGUCCUGUUCACUGAAGUGCUUGGUUAUAGGAAGAUCAGACACAACAAUCAGUUUAAAUCUGCAUUUAAAGAACAACACUCUCAUUGUCACAUCUGUCUUGCAGUUUAAAAAUUAAGGACCUUCAAAUAAGAUGUCAUACAACUAUAAAUUAUCAUCCAGUUCUAUUUCUUAAUCACUCAAAAUUAUCUGCAAAGCACUUUAAAAUGGGUAUGAGUUUAUAUGUGUACAUACAGUUCCUGAAUUUCUGCUUUUGGGGGGGGGGGGGGGGGUGUUUUGGGGUUGUUUGUUUUGGUUUUUUGGGGUUUUUUUUAAAAGAUAUUCAUCUGUAAGCUUCUUGACAGUCUCUCCUACUAGGAAUGCUUUUCUUUCAGAAAAUCUAGUUGGAAUUUCUAGAGGGGCAAAUGUGUCCAGUACACAUUACAAACAGUUAACUGUUUCUGGGAGAUAGCACGUUACUUUUGUGAAUCUGCCAUGUGUAAGUCCCCAUUCACUACAUGAAACAAUGCAAAAUGUCCAAACUUGCCUUAAAUUCUUGAUACUUAACUGAAACGCAAAGAACUGGAUGAUAAUUCCUAUUUUUUUGCCUUAUGCGCUGUGCUGUAUUUUAAACCCAAGGAUAACUAUAGUUUUUAGCAGGAUUUAAUAAUUGUACAGAGAAUACCAAAUUGUACUCGGACUUGACCAGAGUGCUUUGGUUGAAAGUAUAAAAUGAUAUAUGUAGUUUUGUGUAUGUAGAGUGUUUUUAUGUGUACAUCUUUUUUAGCAGCAAUGUUCUGGUUUUGUUAUUGUUUACAAAAGCGGCAUUUAAGUUAAACAGGAAAAUAACUGUAACCUGCAUUCUCGGUCUUUACUAGUGUUCUCAAUGUGUUUGCUCUUGUGAUAAUGCUCUGUAAGUAUUGUUGUAACUAUUUCAUUGAAUGUGAAAAUUUAGUAAAUAAACCUGGGGAAAAACUUAA